GUGGACAGGUUAGUUCUUCUGGCGCCUUCACUCGGAAUGAAUGCUGGUCGCUGGUUCGGAAGCUAAAGCAGAUUCCGCUGCUUUGCACUGUGCGCGUUGUGUUCCGGCGGAGUUUUUUUUUCGGGGUGUCGCGCGUGGUACGCACGGAAUGUGAGAAUGAGACUAAAAAUGUUCCCUAACUAAACCCGGAUCACGAAACAGAGGCUGGUGGAAUUUUACAGCAGCAUCCGGCGGGAACAAGGACUGGAGGGGGAUAGAAGCAGAUUUGUACGGUCGGUUUGCUUAGUUGCAAUUGUCGGGAUUUAUGGUCUCGGGAAAUCACUGCUGCUGCUGCUGCCGCCCCCGCUGACUGUACGCAAAUCAAGCAGCUGAUUGGGGAGAGAAACAGAGAGAGAGAGAGAGACACUAGGAGUGGAAUCAAGCGGCGUUAGCAUUAUUAAUUAUUCAUCGUUCCUCGGGGAAUCUCUAGUCUCUGUCCGGAUGGCAGCAGCGAUGUUUCCAGUUGGACCAGUAAGUUGUGAAAGAUAAUAGACAGAUCGCUGUCAGGCGGUGGCGUUUUGUGGGAUUUGUGAAGACCCUCGUCAGGAACACGAACGGAGGACGAGAUCAGAGCUUUGAACCUGCAAACGAUGACAGCCGUUGUUCGUGGAGAGUCUCGUAUGCUCGAUGAAUAAGUAAUUCGAUAAUGAAAACAUAAUCUGAUUGAAGAAUAAAACAGAGAGACGCACAAAAUCGCCCGGGGUGAAUUUCAGCGCAAGGUUGUGUCGUGUUCAAGGCAGCGUAAGCAAUGUGAUUAUGAUCGGAAGAAUGAUGCUGAGCUUGCGGCGGUGGUGACGAUGAUAAUGAUAAUGAUGAUGAUGAUGACAAUGAGUGGAAGCAUAUCUGGCCCACAGAAUCGUGGAUAUUAUUAGUUUGCUAAUCGCGUGUUGCCUUGCGAUUGUAUGGAACAGAGAUUUGGCAGAAGAAAAAAAACGCUUUUUUCCCUGUCUGAAUACCAGCAGACAGGACUAACGUUUCAUAGGCUGCAGCAGGAAAUUGGCCGUAAUUUAUGAGUUCAGUGAACAUGAUUCAGUGCAGUUAAAGCGAAAAGUUAUUGCAACUAGUGGUGUAUGCGAAAGGGCUGGUGGUAGUUGAAAUUUAUCGUGUAUGUGGCAGUGAAAACAGUGUGGGAAAAUUCAUAUCGAUCGUGCGAGCCUGUAUCGGCUGAACGGAAACGGGUGAGGAGGCGGAGUGAGCGGAAGUAGCUUAUCGGGUGUGUGAAAUCGGUAAACCCUCGCUACAGCUCAACCCCUGGGAAGAACAAGAAGGAAAUGGCCGGUGAUGCAGUGGCUCCCAGUGGGAAGCAAAAGACCAGCGAAGUUCUCAGCUGUUGUUAUAAUGCCGGAUGUUGAAGUGCAGUAUCAGAAUUCAACCAAAGGACGAAGGAAGGGAGAGAAAUUGAUACUGCUUCGGGCGAGAAACUGUUUCCAGUUGACAGAGAAGGAUUCUGUCGAGAAGUCCGCCGCAGAAACAAUCGCAAUGCGAGCAUCACCAUCCCGAUUAACCAGAUGAUCCGGACGAAUCACCAGGGCCAACCCCGAAAGGCAGAGCGUGAGGAAUUAGUCAUUCCGGGGCUGUGAGCAGCUCGCAUCUGUCAGCCGCCCUUUUGUUUUGGAGAGAAAAAAUACAGACCUAAAAUAAACCGGUAGUGGGUGCCACUGCAGCUGCAGCUGAAGCCGUCGAAAAAAAUAAUCAUCAACUAGUGGACACAAAUCUGGGUGGGAUUUUUCGGGUGAAGCCUUCAUCAGGAAAUUGUAAAACAUAGAGUGUUGAAUAAACACACACAAAAAAUUCUCGCGACCGGGUGAAGUGUAGUGCGCGGGUGAGUGGGUAUAUGGGUGGGCGUGAAGCAGGACCAGUCAUUCGCCGGGAGAAUGUUGCAAAGUUUUACCCACUUUGGACAAAAAUUCAAGCAUAACCCCUGCGGGGCGAACCGUGGCGCAACUGGGGAAAGCGAAAAAAAUACCAUUGUUUGUUAGUGAUUCCACAGUGAUUUUUUUUUCUCUCGUGUCCGCAAAGUGAAAAGCUUCUAGAAGUGAAAUCUCCGGCACUCUUCAAUAAUCGUCUGCAGCAUCUGUGCCACUGUGUGUGUGUGUCCGUUUUCGGGAGGAAGUGUGAUCCGCGAGGGACCUUUGGAGGAGAACGACCGGAGCUGAAUGCGUUCGGAGCAGUCCCACCGAAGCGCUUGGUUAUGAGUGGACACACCAAACGGAGCUGCUGCUGCUGGCGGCCGAGAAACAUGGGGAUUAUUAAAAUAACAUUUUUGCUGGCUUGUUCGGUCGCCUCCACUAUGCUCGGAUUAGCGAAAGCCAAGCAGACACAUGCCCACGAAAGCCCACCUGAUUUCAACAACGAGGCCAACUUUCCCCGAUUCGCCGAACCGAUACCCAACAUCACGGUCACAAUCGGCCGGGACGCGCUGCUGGCCUGCGUCGUCGAAAAUCUAAAAGGUUACAAGGUCGCCUGGGUACGGGUCGAUACGCAGACGAUAUUAUCUAUUCAUCACAACGUGAUAACACAAAAUCCCCGCAUCAGUCUUACUUACAACGAUCACCGGUCCUGGUAUUUGCACAUCCGGGAGGUGGAGGAGAGCGACCGGGGAUGGUACAUGUGUCAGGUCAACACUGACCCGAUGCGGUCACGGAAGGGCUAUCUGCAAGUAGUCGUGCCGCCCGCGAUCGUGGAAUCGCUGACGAGCAACGACAUGGUGGUCCGGGAGGGCACCAACGUGACGCUGGCGUGCAAGGCGAAGGGAUUCCCCGACCCGUACGUGAUGUGGCGCCGAGAGGACGGUGACGAAAUGGCCAUCGGGGGCGAAAACGUCAACGUGGUGGAUGGGGAGGUUCUUCACAUCACCAAGGUCAGCCGGUUGCAUAUGGCGGCCUAUCUGUGUGUGGCGUCGAAUGGCGUUCCGCCGUCCAUCAGCAAACGGGUCCAACUGAGGGUGCAGUUUCCACCGAUGCUGUCGAUUCCGAACCAGCUGGAGGGGGCUUACGUCAGCCAGGAUGUAGUGCUCGAGUGCCACACGGAGGCGUAUCCUGCUUCCAUCAAUUACUGGACGACGGAACGAGGUGAUAUGAUAAUUUCCGACACCUCCCGCACCGGCGAUAAGUUCGAAACGAUGUCCAGGAACACCGGCUACACCAAGUACAUGCAGCUGAAAAUUAGAAACGUCGGCCCAGCGGAUUUCGGCUCGUAUCGAUGCGUUGCGAAAAACUCAUUAGGAGAAACCGACGGAUUAAUCAAACUGGAUGAAAUACCAGCGCCAACGACAAUAUUGACAACCGAAUCACUUUAUAGCAAUCGAUCAAAAGGUUCGAAACCGAAGAAAAAGCACGAUCACGUGGUGAUGGGCGAUUACGGCGUGGAGGAAUGGAAGGAAAAUGGUCCCUCGAUACGACAUCCCCCGGGAGCGUUUCACAACGUGAGCUCAUCGAGUACGAUCAGCAACUUGCAGCUGCUCAUGAGUCUGCUAGCGUUACUAGUGUUACUGAGUCGCAUCAACAGAUGAAACUAAGAAAAACCUGCAUCAACCAAUGAGCCCCGUGAGAACCCUCACCUAUCACUCAUUAGCAUAAGCAGCACGGCAGAUCCCCAAGGGUUCAUCAUCAGCAUCAGCAUCAUCAUCAUCAUCAAUGAAGAAACAGUCCCAAUUUUGCAUCCAUACUUGGUGAUCUGUACAGCUUAUUUAGGUAAGUCAGCUGAUCCGGUGAGUCAUUGUUUGUAAACAAACAUGAGCGAGCAAGCAGGCAAACAAAAAAGAAAAGAAAAUGUGCGGAUGGCUAAAAAAUACAUAUUAGGUGAAUUUCUAUACAAGAAAAAAGAGAGCAAAAAAAGCGAAGCGUAGGAGGCAAUAUAUGAGAAUAUUAUAUUAGCUCGUAAGAAGCUAGCAGAAAUUAAGAAAUAUUGUUUGUAGAAAACAACAGAGCAAGAAAGGGUUUAAUUUGAGAUGUUUUGUAAAUAUACAGGUAAAAUAGUGUU